UACAGUUGCAGUUUUCCCUCGUCUGUCGCGGCCUGUGCUGCGUCACCUCGCGCAGUUUAGUUCACCACCACGCGAUUUCAUUCAUUAUGAAGCGUGGAUUAGAUACGCUCUCGCGACUUUUUUGACGCAACCGUUCGUUUCGUGCCAUCAUUAUUGACUCUUUUUCGGGAAGUUUGCUGAGUUGAUGCAGAGUUAUGAGACGGAAAGCGGAUAGCAGAUACAUCGCUGUGGUUAUUAUUUACAUCGUGACUAUCAUAAGCCAAGCGAUGACUGAUGACCCUAGGUUUGCUGAGCCCAUACCAAACGUAACAGUAGCUUUAGGAAGAGAUGCUAGUUUACCUUGUGUUGUAGAGAAUCUCGGAACAUAUAAGGUGGCCUGGAUUCACAUAGAUCGUCAGAUGAUUCUUACAAUCCACCGCCAUGUAAUUUCAAGAAUAGCUCGAUUCAGCGUGUCACACGAUAAUGCCAAGACAUGGCUUCUACAUGUCAGCAGCGUACAACAGGAAGAUAGGGGUUACUACAUGUGUCAAGUGAACACGAAUCCAAUGAUUAGUCAAGUAGGAUAUCUUCAAGUUGUAGUUCCUCCGAAUAUCAUCGACGUAGAAAGCACGCAAUCAACUGUUGCAGUUCGAGAAAAUCAGAAUAUUAGCUUGACGUGUAAAGCAGAUGGAUUUCCCACACCGAAAAUAAUGUGGAGGAGGGAGGACGGCCAGGCCAUUUCCGUCGAGCGGCGUAAGAAAGUGAAUGUCUACGACGGGGAGAAACUAAAUCUUACACGCAUCAGCAGAACAGAAAUGGGAGCCUACCUCUGCAUAGCCACAAACGGUGUUCCACCAUCUGUAAGCAAACGUAUAAUCGUCGACGUUGAAUUCUCCCCCAUGAUAUGGGUGCCGAACCAACUGGUGGGUGCCCCAGCAGGCACUGACGUGACAAUAGAUUGUCAUACUGAGGCCUACCCCAGAGCCAUUAGCUAUUGGGUCUACGACAACGUGAUGCUGCUGCCAACAAAGAAGUACGGGACGGAGACGAUGGAGAACAGCUACAGAGCGCACAUGAAAUUGACGGUGCGAAACCUACAAACAGGGGACUUCGGUAACUAUCGAUGUAUCUCCAAGAACUCUCUGGGGGAAACCGAGGGCUCCAUCCGACUAUACGAAAUUCCGAUGCCUUCAGCUCCACCAAAGGCAACAGAAAUGAAGAGCUAUUCGAACAAAGAAUAUGUAUCGAAACGCAAUGUCAGCAGAUCAGUUAUCCAAGACGAAAAACCGAAAGUUAUAAUGGUAUCUUCCUCAGAAAAGGAGAUUUUUCAUCAACCACCAGAAGAGGAUACAGGCCUUGGGCUGUCCUUUCCAUCAGGUUCCCAAACCUCAGAUGGAUCUGACAUGCAAAUGAAAAUGAUGCUUCAAGUGGUUACCGUGAUUUUUCACUACAUUUUAUCUACCAACCUCUUUGUUCCUCCAAAUUAACCAUAUCAUGUGACGCAUAAACUAAAUGGUAAGAGUAAUAUGGGAAAAAUUGAUUGCUCAGCUUCAUUCAGCUUUUUUGGAAGAAUGUUCAUCACACAAGCUGAAUAUAUUUUUUGAAACAAAAUUUUGCUAGUUAUUAUAACAAAAGAAAUCAUGAAAUUGACCUUGAUAUCUGAAAAACAAAUGAUUAUUUUAUAUUCAUUCAGAAUCAACACACUAUGAGAAGUGGAUUUUUCUUGGGUGUAUUUUGAUCAUGAAAUGAUACAUUUUUGUUAUGUUACUCUAUUUUUGUGGAAGAAUUUUCAACACUUCAAAUUUCUGCUGUCAUUUGAAUUGUUUUUGUUAUUUUUGAUCCGUUUUCUCAACGUAUAACUCAACAUAUCAUUCCUAAAGAGCAACAUGGGUUGAAAUUUAAACUUUUAUCAUAUUCGAAAAAAAAAUUAUCUACAGUGCUGUGAAUUUGAUGAAGAGUGGAAGACCCAGAGUUCCUUUCACUUACUACAUACCUACGUUCGAAAAUAAGAUUGAAAUAAAUAGGUAAUAUUAUAAUAGAAUACAUUAGUUCGUCUUAAAUUCAUGAGUUUCAAACUUUUUUGAACGUUAAUAAUAUUCGAAUAUCUGAUUUUUGAAAUUAGGGUUUUUUAUUAGAGGUAUGUUUGAAGGUGAGAGGAAUUCUUUAGGGUCUGAUAUAAUUUAAUAUUUCGGUAACCCCAGUAAAAGCAUUUCAACGAAGUUUAUGAGUAUUGUUCAAUAACCGCCUGAACAAAAUGAGAUUUUCAUUGAAAAAUCAUGAAUGGAACAUGCUGUGUAUAAUUGCACCCAAGAGUCCAUUCCCUUCAGGGCACACUAACGCUAAAAGUGGUAAAAUUCAAAACAAACUGGUAAAAAAUAGACUCACCCUACGUUCAGUUCCAAAAUUUCAACGUGAAAUUAAUCACAACAUAUCAAAUAUCCUGAAGUGAAAGAUAUUUUAACAUGGACGACAGAUGAAGGAAAUUCUUUACCAGUUUGUAUAUAUUGUAUAAAUUACGUAUAGAGAAGAGCUUCAUGUGAAUUGAUGUAAUUAGCACAAUUUUUCCAUUGAAUUUCGUUUUUUAUUUUCUAGUGCAAAUAUAUCAGAGGACACAUUAGUUGAAGUAAUCUUUAAUUGAACAAAAAUCUACUAGGAAAUUCAACGUAGAAUUAUUCGAAAAAUAAUGUUCUCGUGAUAAGUUUGUGCUUGAAAAUAUUUUCAUCUUAUGUAAUCUGACAAAUAUCCGAAGUAUAAUGUAGUCAAAUAAAACGGCGGUGCAAACUGUCCUGAGACAAUAAAUCAUUCAACAAAGAUAAUUAUCAUUGUCGAAGUUUUGCCUGUCUCCCUGAAAUAUAUGAACCGGCAUCACAUUAAUUUUCCCGACAUAUGAACAACACUUGGAAUACUCUACCUGAUUUUAGGUAUAAGAAAUGAUCUCAAUCUGAUGAAGCCUAAUUAAGACAGGUGAUAACUUUCUGCUGCAAGCUUAUUGAUAUACGGAUAUAUGCAGAUGAUUUAUAACGAUUUCUGGCAGUUUGCAUCUGCUAUGACUGGAUUUUGACGAAACAUAUUAUAGUCUUCAAGAGUGCCAAAUUUUACAAGCAGAUACUUAUUUUCAAUUCAUGUUAAGUUUAUCCCCGCAUCGCACAGCAAUAAACGGAGUAUUUCUAUAUUCAUACAGUCAUAAAUUCGAGACAUCGAGAAGAAUUUAGAGUGCUCCUAGAAAAUAUUACGUAUAUUGCUGUCAUAAUCUUAUUUUUCGUCUCGAUGAUGAAAAAAUAAAAAAUAUCAUGGUUUUCUUAGUAACCGCGAACUUUAUUUCCUGUAUAUAAAAAUGUUCCUUUUAUCAAUUUAUGAUUGAAUAAAACUAUGGAUAUUU